CUCCAAAAGCUCCGUUGAACAACCGACUGAAAUAAUUAUCUUAAGCAGUAUUCAAUGACAGUAUUUAUCUAUAUUCGCUACUAGUCCGGACAGAUUCAGUCAUACCGCUUAUGACUUCUCGUCACUUUCCUGUUCCUGAAAAAGGCAAACGCUGUCUGUCUGAACGCAUGAGCCUCCCGCAUACACUUAUUGCGUAUACCAAUCUUACACUUUAGAAAAGCGUUAUUGCAACAUUUCCGUCUAUAUAUCGGCGAUUGCGAAAUGACAGAUAGUCAGGGCUUCAUCCUGUUGCCAAAUGUGGUAUCUGGUGUGCUUUUACAGAGACUGGCUGCUGAUAUGGACGCAAACAUGUGUAAAACAACACCUACCGUGCGCCGAGAAAAGUUUAAUGAGUACGAGGUUCCAUCAUCAGGAUAUGCGGUCAAGGAUGAGUUUGUGCAGAACGUGGAUAAGAGCCGGCUAGCGUCUUUGUUUCACCUAAAUUCUUUCCCCGAACAUCCUUGGUCAAUAAACAUGGGAGUAUUCCAUGAAACGGAAGCAGAUCCAUCGAAGCUAAAAACCGCAAAUAAAGAGGAGGUCUACGUCACUAUUGCCGUCACGGACCUGGGAAGUCAUAAUGGCUGGUUUAAUUUUCAUGAAGGUUCUCACCUACGAAAACCGCCGCUCGGAAAAGCCAUAUCCCUGAAUCUUAGAGCGGGUGAUGCGGUUGCUUGGAGCGGGAACUUAGUGUAUUCUCACGUUUCUGGAGGAGGAGGGAAGUUUUUAACCAUCGUUUAUCGCUGACAUUGCGAUGGGAGAUUGGACCGCUACUAGUCUUCACUGCAGCGUGAAAAAUGUAUAUUAUGGUGAAGAUCAAUUUCCUUCCAUUUGUUCCCAUUGUAAAUCAAACUCUUUCUCCCAGUC